CUGUUGUCCAGCUGAAGGUCAUGGCGCGGUGUGCGACUACUAUGUCUUGCGCGCUAAAAAUUGUAUCUCCCAAAUCCCUUGGUCUCAUAGUUAUCGGUGACGAAAUACUGAAUGGAAAAGCGAAAGAUUCCAAUUCACGACAAGUAUGCCUCACUGCCCCGCUUUUUGGUGUACGACUUCGGAAGAUUUCUGUUAUUCCCGAUGACUCAGAUGCUAUCGCAGAGGAAGUUCGCAACUAUAUGAACCGUUACGACUACGUAAUAACAUCGGGGGGUAUAGGUUCUACUCACGAUGAUGUGACAUAUGAAGGUGUUGCAAAGGCACUAAAUGAAAAGAUUAUCAUUCAUCCAAAGUUCUUACAAACCCUCAAGAGACUAUCAGAACCGAAUAUGAUUUCCUCUUCGGACCCCAUAACCAAACUUGCCAAAAUACCGGAGUCAUCUGAAUUACUAUAUGCAACAGGAAUCCAGAUGGAUAGUGAUAGCUCUUAUCCUAUUGUCAAAGUUAAAAAUAUCUUCAUUUUACCAGGAGUUCCAUGCUUAUUUAAUAUGGCACUAGAGAUAAUUAAGGACCAUAUCCGAGAUCCUAAUGUGAUAUUCUUUCAUCAUUCCUUAUAUCUUACCACUAUGGAAACUGAAAUAGCGAAGGAUUUGUCUCAAUUAGCCGAAAAAUAUCAAGGUUUAGUCAGUAUUGGAUCUUAUCCUGCAUUUCAUAACAACUAUUAUCGUGUUCGAAUAGCCUUUGAUUCACUUGAAGAAAAUACUCUGAAGUUGGCUUAUGAAGAAGCUGAACGCCUAUUUAAAGACUACAUUAUAAGGUAUAAUCCAUAUCCAAUCAAUAAAGCUGAUGAAGAAGUUUAUAAAUUAUGUAAGCAGGCAGAAUCGAAUUUGGGUAAACGUGUAGCUAAAUCUUUGCAGUUUAUAGAAGAAGUACUGAAUAAAUACAGUGAUUCUGAGCUGGUUAUAUGUUUUAAUGGUGGUAAAGAUUGCACAGCGUUACUUCAUUUAAUCCAUGCUGCAAUUCAACAUCAAAGUCAUAAUAAUAACAACCAUUCGGAAAAUAUAAAACCUACAAGAUUACCAAAACUUUUAUAUAUUCGUUCAUGUUCUACUUUUCCAGAAAUCGAACUAUUUGUUGAAAAAAUAGUUGAUGCGUAUUAUUCAUUAUGGAGUAAAAUUUCACGACCAGAUUUAAGACAAUAUGAACAGCGACACGCCGAUGUAAAUUCACAGACUUCAUCGUGCUCAAUGGAUAAUAGCGUAUUUAUAUAUGAGGGAUCUAUUCAAAGUGCAUUGGAAAGAUUUUUAGGGGAUUAUCCUGAAAUAAGAGGUGCCUUCAUGGGUACAAGAUAUACAGAUCCUGGAGCAUAUACACAUCAAUUGGAAGUAUGGAAGAUACUCAUCCCAAUCCACGACUAAGGUAUAUAACAGAAAGUGGACGAAUCGCAUACCAUCCAGCAUAUACACUGAACGAGGAGAUUUGUGAACGCAUUGGUCGUGUACAUGAGAAUACUAAAACUGAUUAAAGUAAAACCACCAUCUACUAGUUCUGCGAUGUAAUACUCGUAAAGUAAUUUUGUGAUAGAUAUUUGUAAUUUUGAAUAAAUAGCCAUGAAAGAUUGUUUUCACCACUGUUCAGUACCACACGCAUCGCAUCCUGAAUACACUGAGAAUAAAUUUUCAGCCAGGAAUAUGAACACAUAUAAAACCUAUCCUAGUUACUUCUUACUAAUAAUGGUAUUACAUAGAUUGGUGAGAUCUAUCUUACUGGUGUAUUCUUUAUAAUGAAAUAUCGGAACAAGUCGUGCAGGCUUACUGAUAAAUGAAACCCGCCACAAUCAUUUGUCACAUUCACCGGAAAUUUCGAAUAGAUUUGAAUACUACUUAUAUUCUCGAAAUAUCCCA